AUGGAAAGACAAGAUAUUAAACAAUUGGAAGCGCCAACUUCUGUUCCUACUACUCCAACAUUUACUUCUACCACCAAUGACUUAUUAACAGAGACCCACUCUUCAGGCAUUGUUGAUAACAAUGCAAUUACUGAUAUAACCAACGGUUCCAUAGCUGGUGCCAUUGGUAAGACUAUUGAAUACCCAUUUGAUACAAUUAAAGUUCGAUUACAAACACAAGGAUCAAAACUGUUUCCCACAACAUGGUCAUGCAUCAAAUAUACCUAUCAAAACGAAGGCAUUAGACGUGGAUUUUUCCAAGGAAUUUCCUCACCAUUAUGCGGUGCAGCUUUAGAAAAUGCAACUUUAUUUCUCUCUUAUAAUCAAUGUUCUAAAUUAAUUGAAAAUUAUACACAAUUUUCACCAAUUACUAAUAUUUUAAUUUCUGGUGGGUUUGCAGGUUCAUGUGCCAGUUUUGUAUUAACACCUGUGGAAUUAAUUAAAUGCAAAUUACAAAUUUCCAAUAUUCAAAAUCAAACCAUUGCAUCGAAUCUAUUGAUGAAAUCAACUUCAUCUGCAAAAAAUCUAAAAUUACACAAUACGAGAAUAGUACCAACCAUUCAAACGAUCUUAAAAACAAAUGGUAUAUCAGGAUUAUGGCAAGGACAGUCAAGUACUUUUAUUAGAGAAACCAUUGGUGGUGUAGUUUGGUUUGCCACCUAUGAAAUUAUGAAAAAGACAUUAAAAGCUAGAGAUCCAACAAGAACUGAGAAUAAAACUUGGGAAUUAUUAUUAAGUGGUGGAUCAGCAGGUCUCUUAUUCAACGCUAGUAUAUUUCCAGCCGAUACCAUUAAAUCGGUUAUGCAAACAGAACAAUUGAAAUUAAAAGAAUCAAUUUUCAAAAUAUUGGCAACACAAGGCAUCCCAGGGUUUUAUAGAGGGUUAGGAAUUACAUUAAUUAGAGCGGUUCCUGCUAAUGCUGCUGUAUUUUAUACAUAUGAAACACUUUCUAAAAAAGCUUAA